UCCGCAUUGGCUUCUGGGUGAGAAGGGGCGGGGCAGCAGCGGGCAGCUCUUUCCCUCUCCCUCUCUCACCCUCACCCAGCGCUGUGCGAGCCGAGGGGAAGGCGGCGGGCUGCGCGCGUAUGGGGGAGUCGAUCCCGCUGGGCGCGCCGGUGCCGGUGGAGCAGGCGGUGCUGGAGACCUUCUUCUUCCACUUGGGCAUCUUCUCCUACGACAAGGCCAAGGACAAUGUGGAGAAGGAGCGCGAGGCGAACAAGAGCGCGGGGGCCAGCUGGCUGGCGCUGCUGGCGGGGCUGGCCCACCUGGCCGCGGCCGAGAAGGCCUAUCACAGCAUGACCUUCCUGGGCCAGAAACUAGGUGGGCAGUCAUUCUUCAGCCGAAAGGACUCUAUCCGGACCAUAUACACAUCUCUGCAUAAUGAACUGAAGAAAGUGGUGGCAACAGGACGUAAUGCCCUGGGAGGAACAGCCCCUCACCUCGAAGAACUGCUUUCUCACCUGUCUGAGCAGCUCUGUUUUUUUGUUCAGGCUCGGAUGGAAAUUGCUGACUUCUAUGAAAAAAUGUACAGCCUUAGCACCCAAAAGUUUAUCAACUCGGAGGAACUUGUAAACAUCUUGGAAUCCAUCCUAAAGAAAUAUAGCUCAAGAUUUCAUCAUCCAAUCCUUAGUCCUCUUGAGAGCAGUUUCCAAUUAGAAGCAGAUGUACUUACACAUCUUUUGAAGGCUCAGGCACAAAUCUCAGAAUGGAAGUUCCUCCCAUCCUUGGUCAACUUGCACAACGCUCACACAAAGCUGCAGACAUGGGGACAGAUUUUUGAGAAGCAGCGGGAAACGAAGAAACAUCUUUUUGGUGGCCAGUCUCAGAAGGCUGUGCAGCCACCACACCUUUUCUUGUGGCUGAUGAAACUCAAAAAUAUCCUUCUUGCCAAAUUUAGCUUUUACUUUCAUGAGGCGCUUAGUCGACAAACAACACCAUCUGAAAUGAAAGCAUUGACUGCAAAAGCCAAUCCUGAUUAUUUUGGGAAAAUUUCCAGCUUCAUCAGGAAAUACGAUGCUGUUAAUGUUUCUUUAAUCUUUGACAACCGUGGAUCAGAGAGUUUUCAGGGACAUGGUUACCAUCACCCCCAUUCCUACCGGGAAGCUCCAAAAGGCGUUGAUCAGUAUCCAGCAGUGGUGUCUCUGCCCAGUGAUAGGCCUGUUAUGCAUUGGCCCAAUGUAAUUAUGAUUAUGACUGACAGAGCUUCUGAUCUCAAUAGUUUGGAAAAAGUUGUCCAUUUCUAUGACGACAAAGUUCAAAGCACAUACUUUUUGACUCGCCCUGAACCUCAUUUUACUAUUGUGGUUAUUUUUGAAUCUAAAAAGUCUGAAAGAGACUCUCAUUUCAUUUCUUUUCUCAACGAAACUUCACAUUCCCUUAAGAACGCUAAAGCUUUUGCAAGCCUGAAGCCUGGAUCCAAAGGAUAAGAGUAUUUGCCAUUGUUCAAUCAGUAUGUUGGACUGUAAGGAAACAAACAGUAGUUUUCCAGAAAUAUCCAUGUGUGUGUGUGGUGCCUUUUUUAAGAAAACCCAUUUUAAUAUUAAGUAUUUAAUGUUGAAUAUUGAUAUUUAAUAAGCAUUUCUGAAUGAUCAGGGAAUGAAUGAUAGUUGAGUGGGAAACCAAAUAUAUGCACUGAAAUUAUCAGGAUGGUGUUUUGCUCAGCUGCUGUAUGUAUUUUGUUAAGUUUAUGACACUAUGUGCCCCUUGCCUAAAUGGAAUAUAUGCACUUUAUCUUUGCUAGUUGAUCACUUAGAAUCUUCUGGAAAUCUGAUUUGAAAAGAAUAUGGAGUGUGAACUUUUCCCCAGACCCUUUUUAUUCUUCUCUGAAAGGUCAUUUCAGUCAUAUCCACUGGAAUAUGUUGCAAAUAAUUGCAAUAAAUUAAAUGCAUAAUGGACAAAAUACCUUUGUUUGUAGGCUUUAAUUUAAUUUGAAAAGUAGUCAAACUGUGGUCUAGAGUUUUCUAAUUACUCGAUCCCAUUCUUCGACAUUCAUCAAUUUCAUAAAUGUCAACAAUUGUAGAAACUAAUGCAUAGAAAAGUUAGAAUUGUAUCUGGAAAGAUUGUGGGAACAUUCAGAAAUUCAAAACAUGCUAGAGAGAGACCGAAUUGCUGCUGCUAGUAGUAGAAUAGGGUCAAUGAAAUGUGGGUGAAAAAUGGGGCAACAGUUAGGAUUGAGAACCUUUAAAACAUUAGUAAGCAUUGAUUUCUUAAAGUCAUAGAUAUGGUGUCAACACCUUAUGGUAUUCACAAAAUAGAAAUAAAAAGUCCUGCUAGAGCAGGUCACAAGUCUCUCUACUUCAGCAUCCUGUUUCCUACAGUGGCUAACCAGAUGCUUCUCGGAAGCUUGCAAGCAGGGCAUGAAGAUUGUUUGCUCCCCAGCAGCUGGGGCAUACUGCUGAAUAUAAAGCUAUCAUGUAGCCAUCGUAGCUAAUAGUUAUUGAUAGGUCUAUCUUCUAGUUCAGUGGUUCCCAAAUUGGGGUCUUCCAGAUGUUGCUGAACUACAACUCCCAGCAUCUCCAGCCACAAUAAAUUGUAGCUGGGGAUGCUGGGAGUUGUAGUUCAGCAACAUCUGGAGGACUCCAGAUUUGGAAUCACUGUUCUAGGAAUUUGUGCGAUUCCACUUGGAGCCUUCUAAGCCAAUGGCCAUUGUAUUGUCAAGGUCUUAAAAAGAUCCCUUGCUAUACAGCUCUUCACUUAGUUGUUUCUGCUAUGUUCACCCAUGUGUAUAAGCAUUAGUGGUGCAUAUAAUGAUGGAAUCAAACUGUGAUACUGGAUUCUAUGUCACUUGGCACUGAAGCACAUUAUUGUACCUAAUGUAGCAGAGUAUUAAAAAAAAAAGUCAUGUGAAUGAUUUGUAACCAGUGCAUAAUUUGGGGGGUCUACUUUUUGAAAGCAAGAAGUCUUAUGAGAUUGCCAUAUUUGUGUGUGUCCCUCCAAUAAGUGUUGUGUUUUCAGUCUGAUACAAACCAAAUUUACAUUACAUGGAAAAGGGUCCUAUGAGAUCCUGAUGAGAGUGCUUUUCUUUUGAUACAACAUCUUGAAACAAGAUUGCAGCCACUCAAACUAUUAGCACCACCCAUUUAGAACCCAUAUGUAUACAGCCCAAUUCAAACCAAAUUUAUGGAAUGGUUGCAGCAAUUAGGAGGAAGUGUCCAGAUUGUGAUGGUAUCUUAGCUGUUGCUGGAGCAUUUCAAGACAGUAAAUUCUCUAGAGUUUGCCCUAGAUUUCUACUUAUGCUAGUCUUGCCAUUGUACAAUAUUGUAUCAAUACAUAAUGGAUAAGAGUAUAGCCUAUUGCUUGUUUUUCUUUCCCUCCACCACAAAAAACAAAAACGUACAAAAUAUGAAUGUUUUACUGCUUGGGGAAAUAAAAUGAAAAAAAUAAAGACAGCAUUUCUAGGGAAAUAACUGUGUAAGUGAUAUCCUGGCAUCUGUCAAUAAAUUACUGUGACACUCA